CUCCAGCGGGGGGGGGGCGUGGCUUCGAGCAUGGGCUCGGGCCGACAGCGGCCGUGGUGACGCCCGACCGUGGGGCGGUUCCUUUGUGGCCAUGACGGCGGCCGUGCCGAUGUUCGACCAGGGCUGGAACGUGCCGGUCUUUGCCAUCUACCCCAUGGUGCCUGUGCCGGCGAUCAACCUGGUGGGGAUAGUGGCAACGUUCCAGUCCUGGGAGGAUGAAGGAUCACGAAUGAGAGAGGCGAUGGGUGAAAUGCCCGUCCACUUCUCCUUCUGUGAGAAGCCUCGCUGGAAGAUCCUCUGCUAUGGCGACAGCCUCACCGCCGGCUUCUUCGCCGGUGGCGCGAAGUUCGACCCGUAUGGCCGCAGCAUGGCCGAGGUCUUGGCGAACGGUGGCAUCGAAGCACAGGUCUCGGUCUGCGGGCACAGUGGCUGCACCACGGCCGAGAUGCUCCGCAGCGCGGAGAGCGAGCUGGUGGACGUGGCGCGCUGCCGAGGCGUUGGUCUCAGCAAGAUCUUAGAGGACCAGAACUACGACCUGGUGAUCAUCAUGUCCGGCACCAACGACCUUGGUCGCGGGACACCUUUGGAUGUCAUCGUUGAGGACCUCGUGGAACUGCACGCCCUCUGCCAUCGUCAAGGAGUUUGCACCAUGGCUUUGGCACCUGCACCUGCUCCUGGGUAUUGCCUGGCACAGGAGAUGCAGAGGCAAUACAUCUCAACUCGGCUGAGCGCCCGCUUGGGCGCCGAGCCGCGCGUGGUCGCCAGCAUCGAUCCACAGGCGGCCGCGCUGAGGCCGAUGCUUCGCUCUGGGAGAUGGAUGGCCUGCACUUCGCGCCUCGGGGCUCCCAGGUCUUGGGUCAGAGCUUGGCCAUCUUGGUGGCACAGCUGGCAGGAGCUUCCACAGCCGAAGCCCAGUGAGCCACAUCCAGCAACAGCGCUGGCCGCGGACGACGUGAGUCGCGGUGUGUCCCGUCGCAACCGUUCGCCCCCAAAACAGCAAGUCCACCUGCAAGUACACUCACACCCAGUGUCUCUUGUCCUGCAUGACCCGGUUGGGGUGGAACAGCACCGCGGAACCGACGGAACGCACCGUCUCUUGUAUUAUGUGUUCUGAAGGCGACGAGUCGUCAGCUGCAACUGGGGAGGUGGCGCCCUGUCACGUGCAACGUGACGUGCGUCCGACGGGGAAGAUCGGGAUGUGCGGAGACGGACGCCAAAGUCAU